AUGAUGGCGGAGCCGCGUCGGGUGCCGUUCAUUAGUCUGUCACCCGUGAGGCGACGAGAAGGUGAGUCUCCGGUGCUAGAGCGAGAGACUGGAGGGGGCCGCGAGGCAGAGCAGCCAUUAGCGCGUGAGGGCCUGAAACUACCAGAUCAGCAGGAGCACCACCACCACCACCACCACCACUAUGAUAACAGUCGGGCAGAGCCGCCAUCGCAACCCUUCGAAUCUUGUCCUCGGCCAGAGUCUCACCCUGUGUCAUUACCGCGGGAGAUCAGUCGGCCUGAGCUGACACCAAAGCCACCGCAGCCGCCACCCCACCGAGAGUCCCCAAGGCCAGAAGCACCGCCGCUGUCGUCUCAGCAGCAGCUAAAUCAAGAGAACAACCGACAGGAACCGCCGCCGCCACCACUGGAUCAGACGAUUCGCUUUGAGUUGAUCUUGAAAGAUCCCACGGAGGAGAGCUGCGUGGAGUUCAGCUAUCCCGAGUUGCUAUGGAGUGGCAAGGCCCGGAAAAAACCACUCAUUGAAGACCCAUUUGAUAAUGAAGAGCAUGAAAGGCAUGAAGUGGAAAUUCUGGCUAAGAAAUUUGAAACAAAAUAUGGUGGAAAGAUCCACAAACAUCGGAAGGAUCGAGCUCAAGAUCUGAUAGAUAUGGGCUCUGGUUAUGAUAUAAAUGAUCCUUUCAUCGAUAAUUCAGAAGCUUAUGAUGAAUUAGUUCCUGCAUCCUUGACAACUAUAUAUGGAGGCUUCUAUAUUAAUACUGGAAUUCUGCAAUUCCGCCAAGCAUCAGAUUCUGAAGAGGAGGAUUUUACAGGAAGCAAAAAGCAUAAACCAUCUAAAUUAGGUAAACUAAAAGAUGGUGACGACCGCAGCAUGAAGAAACGAAAGCGAAAAGAAGAAGAGGCAGAGAAGGAGAAAAAGUCUCGGAAAAUUAAAGUUACUAAGCAGUUGGGGGUAAUAGCAUUAAAUUCACACAAAUCUGAAAAGAAGAAGAAAAAAUUAUACAAGGAUUCUUUAUCAUUGGCUGCUAUGAUCCGAAAAUUUCAGAAAGAGAAAGAAGCCUUUAAAAAAAAGGAGGUUAACCUGAAUCCCACAGUAGCAGCUACCUGUUCUACACUCAGUAAACUUCCUGUUGCUCCUGCCAUUGUUGGUAAUGACAUGUCCGACUUGAAUCUCAGCAUUACAGAUCCAGUCCUUUCUAUUUUUGGCAGCACUAAUGAACAUGAGCUCCUGCAGGAAGCUGAAAGUGCCCUGGAGAUGAUGGGAGACAUUGAUUUUGAUAGGUUGCUUGAUAGUACCUCUAAUGGAAGCCCAGUAUCUGAGCCUUUAGGAGAAAAUGGAAGUAUCACCCAGCCCCCCCACACUGCUGAGAUCCUGACACUGAAACAAGUGCCUGCCCUCCCAGAAGGUCUGCCAGGACAUCUAGAAAAGCGUAUUGAAGACCUUAGAAUUGCUGCCAAGCUUUUUGAUGAAGAAGGCAGAAAGAAAUUCUUUACACAGGACAUGAAUAAUAUCUUGCUUGAUAUUGAAAUGCAACUGCAAGAAUUGAAUCCUACUUUCCGCAAUGGUGUGUAUUCCCAUCUUGAAGCUUUUGUGCCAUGCAAUAAAGACACAUUGAUAAAGCGUUUGAAGAAAUUGCAUUUCAAUGUCCAGGAUGAUCGCUUGAAGGAACCAUUGCAAAAAUUGAAGUUGGCUAUCAGCUGUGUCAUGCCUGAACAACUAUUCAAAUAUCAGGAAGAUUGCCAGGCACACAGUCAAGCCAAGAAUGCCAAAAUGCAAGCAGAAGAUGAGCGAGACAAGAAUGGUUCAGAAGAGGAAGAUGACGAAAAACCAGGAAAGAGGAUUGCAGGUCCAAGAAAAAAAUUCUACUGGGAUGAGACAGUGAGGACUUUGCUGUGUAAUCUUAUCAAGAUAAAGCUGGAUUGCUAUGAACUAGAGCCAAAUAAAAGUCAAUCUGCAGAAGAUUACCUCAAGACAUUUAUGGAGACAGAGGUGAAGCCCCUUUGGCCAAAAGGUUGGAUGCAAGCUAGGAUGCUCUUUAAAGAAAGCCGAAGUGUUCAUAAUCAUCUCACAUCUGCUCUGACAAAGAAGAAGGUGAUUCUGGCACCUAAACCCAAAGGAAAGGACUCUAGUCCAAAGAAGGAGCAGAGAGCAUGUCCCCCUUUUGCUUCAGCUUGUGUUCCUGCUUCAAGUACUAGCACACCUAUCAAUGCUGUAACCAGUUGUAUUCCAGCUCCAGAGACAAUUUGCCUAGAUGAUUCACUGGAUGAAGAUCUGUCAUUUAAUCCGCCUUCACUGGAUUCUGUUUCUGAUGCUCUGGCUGCUAUUAAUAAUGGGGUCAAGUGUUCUUCUGUUGUGUCCCCUGUAGACACAUGUGCUUCAAGACCUCGGGCAGGGCUAAGAGAAGAGAAGUUGGCAAGCAUAAUGAGCAAAUUACCUCUGUCAUCCUCAAAAAAGAUAGAGGCUGUUCAAACACAACAUUCAUCAAGUCUUAUAGCUGGACACACAGGACCGGUACCAAAGAAAUCCCAGGAUUUGCUUCAGACUGGUAUCUCUUCAGGCCUUAUUGCUGGAUCUUCAAUUCAAAAUCCUAAGGUUUCCUUGGAACCAUUGCCUGCCAAGCUUCUGCAGCAAGGGUUACAGAGGUCAAGUCAAAUACAAGCUGCUUCUUCGCAGACCCAUAUUUCUUCCUCCUGUAAAGGGCAAGCUACAGCUUCUUCUACUUCACAAAGGCCAAAGGAUACAGUUGUGCUUGUAACCUCCUCAGAAGUCCAAAGCUGUGGCUCCUCAACAGUACAAGUGGCAAAAGUUCACCAGCAGUCCAUUGCCCAACAAAAAUAUGUGUCUCCUCUGCAAGUUACUAUUAGUAAAUCUCAAACCAAUCCUGUGGUAAAAUUAAGUAGCAAUCCCAAACUUUCCUGUUCUUCCCCAGUAACCAAGACUUCAGAUAAACCAGUAGUAUACCGCCUUCCUUUGUCUAAUGCCACUUCUGGGAGUUCCCAAAUGGUUCACCCGCUUGUGUCUCGGACAACAUCCAGCACCUCUACCUCUAGUAAUUAUUUGGCCAAGGCCAUGGUAUCACACAUUUCUGCCCAGGGUUUCAAGCCUCCUUUCUCCAUGGUUCCCUCUCCUAAGCCAGCUGCCUCUCCCAAACCCCCAGCACCCAAGCCUUCUGUAACAUCCAAACCUACUGCAUCUCUUAAACUUCCCUUAUCUAAGACCACCUCUACAACCAAGCCCACAUCCUCCUCCAGUUCUUCCAGUCCAAGUACACUAAUAUCCCAGAACAGUCACCUCAACAAUUCCCUUCAUAAACAGUCCAGUGGAGUAAGUGUCAACCGACAAUCUUCCACAAUAAAUUUACUUUCUUCUAACCGAACCUCAGGCCUUCAACCAGCAAAGAAUCCUCAAGCCCUUUCUAAAUUAUCCAGUUCCUCUGCCUCUGGAACUUCUGGCAAAAAUAACAUGAGUGGAGUUGGAUUAAAUGUACCUAUCAAUAGGGGAAGCGGCUUAAAUUUAAGUGGGGCUAGUAGGACUAAUCCCUCUGGAGCAGCAGGAAGUGGAGCACAGGGUGCUACUAAACAGUUAUCAACUCCACAUAGACCAUCUUCUGCCUCAGGGUCUACAGUUAUACCAGCCAGUGUACAGUCAACAACAGGUGCAUCAUUACUGGCAAAUGCUUCACCUUUGACUCUCAUGGCAUCACCAUUGUCUGUAACCAGUCAGAAUGUGACAUCUACUCCAUUGACUCCUUUUGGGAUGCUGGGAAGUCUUGUUCCAGUGACUAUGCCCUUUCAGUUUCCAUUGGAGCUUCUUAGCUUUGGAACAGACACGGCUGGAGUGACAACCACCUCGGGAUCUACCUCAGCAGCUUUCCACCAUAGUCUAACUCAGAAUUUAUUGAAGGGUUUACAGUCAGGAGCUCAGCAUUCAGCAGCACUGUCUCAUACACCUCUGCCUGCUCAUUUGCAGCAAGCUUAUCCAGAUGGCCAAAGCAAAGUGGAUGCUAAGUUACAGAGGAAAACCCAGUGAUGUCCUGCUAAGUAAGGGAGUAAAUGUGGUUCUACUUUGCUGAUGGAGAAUGACCAGUUGGGAAAAUGCUUACAUGGACACAGAGCUGCUGUUUCUGUCAAUGUUUACAUAUUCUGAUCCUAAGCACUGUG